AGGCAAUACAUGAAACCCUCCCACUGACACUGGUGAACAGUGGAGGAUAAAUUAUCAACUGCUACCUGGAGGAAUCUCAAAGGAAUAUCCCACUGCAGCACAAAGCAGGCAACAGCCCCACUACGACAUCAUGACAAACGAGAAGGAUCCCAAGAGGGGGCAGGAGAAGAGGGGAACGAGCAAAGAGGUGUGUGGCUACCCGCUCAGCAUCUUCUUUAUCGUUGUCAAUGAGUUCUGUGAGCGGUUCUCGUACUAUGGAAUGCGAGCUGUGCUCGUGCUGUACUUCAAAUACUUCUUGCUCUGGGAUGAUGACUUGGCCACUUCCAUCUACCACACCUUUGUGGCUCUCUGCUACCUCACCCCUAUCCUCGGGGCCAUUGUUGCUGAUUCCUGGCUGGGAAAGUUCAAAACCAUCAUAUACCUGUCCAUUGUCUACGCAAUUGGCCAGGUUGCGAUGGCCAUCAGUGCAGUCCACGACAUCACUGAUACAGACAGGGAUGGGACACCAAACAACAUGGUCUUCCAUGUUGCGAUGUCCAUGGUGGGCCUCUUCCUCAUCGCUCUCGGCACCGGAGGUAUCAAACCGUGUGUGGCUGCCUUUGGUGGAGACCAGUUUCAUGAUCACCAGGAAAGGCAAAGGAGAACCUUCUUCUCUGUGUUCUACCUGUGCAUUAAUGGUGGGAGUCUCCUGUCAACCAUUAUCACUCCAAUCCUCCGAGCUCAGGAAUGUGGCAUCUACAGUCAGCAGAAGUGUUAUUCUCUGGCCUUCGGUGUCCCUGCAGCACUCAUGAUGGUCGCACUUGUGGUGUUCAUCGUUGGGAGCGGAAUGUACUACAAAGCUGAACCACAGGGGAACAUCAUGUUGGACGUGUGCAAAUGCAUCGGGUUUGCCAUUAAAAACCGCUACAGGCACAGAAGCAAGCUACAUCCAAAGAGGCAGCACUGGAUGGACUGGGCUGAGGAAAAAUACGAUAAACUGCUCAUUGCUCAAAUCAAAAUGGUGCUCAAGGUCCUCUUUCUGUACAUCCCACUGCCAAUGUUUUGGACCCUAUUUGACCAAAAGGGUUCUCGAUGGACUCUGCAAGCCACCACCAUGGAUGGAAACUUUGGUCUUCUUGUGAUACAGCCUGAUCAGAUGCAGACUCUCAACCCCAUCCUGAUCCUGACUCUGGUGCCUAUCAUGGACAGUUUAAUCUAUCCACUGAUCAAAAAAUGUGGCCUGAACUUUACACCUCUGAGAAGAAUGACAGUGGGGAUGUUAAUGGCAGCUUUGGCCUUUGUCUGCGCUGCUCUGGUUGAGAUUGAAGUCGAUAAAACAUUGCCCGUCUUCCCAUCAACGUCACAAAGUCAGCUGAAAUUACUUAACAUGGGCAGUAAACCAGUCCUGGUUAUGUUGCCUGGACAGGAUCCACAGAAUAUUUCUGCCAAUCAGGCCAGUGAUGGUUACUUCACGUUUGAAGCAGGAGAAAUCACCAUUUCAACUCAAAGCCCUGCAGUGUCAAAUAAGUUCCUCUUGGCCAGUGAAAAGCGACAAACACUUCUUAUUCCAGCUAACGUCUCUGAAACAUGGCUAAUGACCAACGAUGCAACCUCCAAGCCGCAACAGGGUAUCAAUAAAAUCCGAUUUGUGAAUGGAAUGAAUACACCAGUGAAUGUAUCAACCUUUGGACUAAUUGAGCCAUUUUAUUAUUCCAACUACUCUGAAGUCAAAAAUGGAAAAGUCUCAUUCAAAGUAGAACGUGAUCCACAGUCAUGUGACUAUAACUGGGAAUUCGGAUAUGGUAGUUCAUAUACUUUCUUCAUCCCCAGCACUUUGGACUUUGAUCAAUGUCAGGAUUCUAUAACUGCAGCAGAAGACAUCCAGCCCAAUUCUGUUUCCAUGGCCCUUCAGGUCCCACAGUACUUCUUUAUAACAGUUGGUGAAGUGAUGUUUUCUGUUACUGGUCUGGAGUUCUCCUACUCACAGGCACCCAGUAAUAUGAAAGCAGUGCUGCAAGCCGGCUGGUUGUUAACUGUGGCUAUUGGCAACUUCAUUGUACUGAUAGUGGCUGAGGUGGCAAAGAUUCCCAAAAGGUGGGCAGAGUACGUUCUCUUUGCCUCUCUACUGGUUCUAGUGUGCAUCAUCUUCUCCAUCAUGGCCUACUUCUACACCUACAUCAACCCUACAGAAAUUGAGGCCCAUUUCAGGAACAACGCUGAUGAAGACGACAAGCAAGAUGAAACAAGGCUAAAGAGGGUCAAGAGAGACUCUGUGGAAUCUGACGAUGAAGAUGAUCGACGCAAACAGACCAAAAUGUGAAGAGUCUUACUGUAUAAAGCAAGUUAGGUAUUUGUUUAUAUCCAAAGGAAUGUCAGCACACAAGAGGAAAUGUCAUUCUGCCAGUAAUGUGUGUGUCUGUGCGUGCAUGUGCGAGUGCGUGAGUGUGUGUGUGCAUGUGCGUGAGUGAAUGGUUGAUACUUUUUUAUUUUAAUACUAAAUUCACUAUUGUGAGCACGCUAGCUCUUUAAUUAUAUGUUUAAAUUGACAGAUCCAUAUGGAAUAAGCUAUGAAAUAUAACAAGAACUUUUUUUUUUACUUUCACACCCUUGGCUGUAACUACUCUUUUAUGUUUUUGUGUAAGUUAUGCUCAAGUUAACAAUAAAAUUAAAUCAUUGCUGUGGUUUAUCAAUUACAGA